GAGAGAGGACUAUGCUGUUCUUAGAAGUGCUUUCCAAUAGUGAUAUAUCUAACGGAUUAUGACAGAUUUCAUGUACGAAAUAAAACCAUUCCAGUUAUGGAAUCUUUAGGACAUUUCUCAUCGAAUGGAUCCAUUCGAUGGAAGAAAAGUGACAUUUGGAAUUCAGUCCAUGGGAUUUUAUUUGUGAUUUUAUUAUUGUGUGCUAAUGUGGAUACCCAAACCUCAGCCAAGCAGUGCAGCAGAACUCUCCAAUUCACUGGUACAGAUGAUGAAAAAGGAAUACAGAAUGUGCCUGUUAACUGUGAUGAAGGAAAGAUUAUCUGGAAGGGACUCCAGGGAGCUAUCCGGCUUGAUUUUCACUUCGUAUCCAUACCCACUGACUUCAGGGCCUGUUUCAAGGCCUCUGCCCUCGAAACAGCUGCUAAAAUAUCAAUUGAGGAACCAGAAAAGUUAGCACAUUUGACAGUUCUAAAUGGGACUGGUGAACCAGCCAUUGAGGAAUUUUGUGAAGAUUCCCGACAGAAAAAUUUAAUAUUAUUUAUUGAGGCUGCUAAUUCUAAAGCAAUAGGGACAAUAACUAUAGACUAUAUGUUAGAGAGACAAACAUUUCAUGCUCCAAAUAGUGAUGAUAUGCAAGGUUGUCAGCCUUGUUCAAACACAGAAAUAUUAGAAAAGAUCUGCUCUAGUGAUUUUGUUUUAAAAGGCAGCAUGGACUCCGUGGCAUUCCGCAAGGAUCUCCAGCUGACGGAAAUAAAACUAAACAUCAAGAAGUUACACCGGCAAAAGCGUAGUGUGUUCGAGAAAACCAAGGGAAAAUAUACCGGCUCUGUAUUCAUGUCAUCUAAGUGCGGUGCAAAGUAUGGAGAGGGUGACUUUUUAUUCGUGGGAAAGAUGCGAUUUGAGCAUGCUAUGAUAAGAUGUGUUCCAAGAUGGCGGGACUGGGAAGCUAUCCAAAGGGAGGCUCAGCGGACUGGCACGCAAUACUGUGAGCUUGACUGAAGUUCUCUUUGGAGAUCUUAAGAAAUUAUAGGGCGCAAGGUGUCGCCCAAGUUAUGGUGCCAAUUUUGAUACAUUCCGAGUGAUUGAGGACUUUACUCGGUGGGCCGAGGAUACCUGUGGACUAAAAGCAUAUGCUGCAUAGGAGUCUGACCUCUGGAGUUAACCUGGACUAUAAAUGACCUCGAAAAGGUUGAAAGUGAGGUGAUAGGUGAAGGAUAUUUAGGAGAAGGACAGAGGUGUUGUUUUUUCACUGCCAUUGCAACCAGUUGGACUAUAGUUGUGUUGCACGACCAAACACUGCCGUACAUCAAAAUAUCAUG